GUUUUUUUGGUUUUUCUCCCAUGUCUUUCCUUGUGCGUGCUACGUCCUCUCUUCUCAAGAGAAGCCACGGUGCUCUCUUUUCGCGCUGCUUUGGAGUCGAGUUCGCCCUCCACUCCGUAGCCGAUGAAGACACAAUUGAAGUGGAAGCCGACAAGGGAACUACGCUCCUCGAGGUCUGUCAGAAUGAAGCCGUAGAUAUCACUGCGGUCUGCGGUGGAGGUGGUAGCUGCGGAAGUUGCCACAUUAUCCUUCCUGAGGACCUUUUCGCUGCGAUUCCUCCCGCCAAGGAGCAGGAGCAAGAUCUCCUGAGCAAUGUCGUGUUUGGGGCGAAGCCCACUUCCAGACUUGCCUGCAUGGUGAAGGUGAGUGAGAAGUUCGCGGGAAAGACAAUCGAAGUUCCUCUUCCUUUGUGUCCUGUUUUCAACAAACAUGCUUAA